AUGGCACCACCAUCACCCUCGUACACCAAGGUCAUUCACUCCACCACAUAUGCUGGCAUCAAUCCAACUCAGCCGGGGCUCUCUACUAUGGGCAAGGUUGUGUUGAUUACAGGUGCAUCUGGCGGUAUUGGCCGAGCCACAGCCUCAUCCUUUGCUGCAUCGGGUCCCCGAGCCCUCAUCCUUCUCGGUCGACGCGCCGACGCCCUGGCAGAAACGGCCGCUACUGUCCGCGCCAGCCACACGGAGGUGACAAUCCAAACUCACGAGGCUGAUCUGUGCGAUGCUUCAAGCGUCCGCAAUGCCAUGAAUAAGGUGGCUGCCGAGUUUGGUGGCAUCGACAUCCUCAUCCACUGUGCCGGCGUCCUAGCCCCCGUUGUUCCGCUUCUAGAAGCCGAUCCAGCUACUUUUCUGGACGGCUACAAGACUACAGUUGUCGGUUCGCUAGUGACAGCACAGGCUGUCGUCCUAGCAAACAAAACAGUCAGCCCUAACGAGGACAAGCCAGUCACCUUAAUCAAUUUGACCACGGCCGGCAUCAUAUUCCCCCCGUUCACCGGUAUGGGUGCCUACGUGAGCAGUAAGAUGGCUGCCGUGAAGGUCUUACAGUCCUUCGCCGUUGAGAACCCGCAAGUGCAUCUUCACCAUGUGCAUCCCGGUUUCCUCCAAACGGCCAUGUCUGCUAAGCUGUCAGAGUCGAUCAAAUUGCCAUUUGCCUUUGAUGACAUCUCUCUUCCCGCCGAUUUCCUUGUCUGGAUUGUCUCUCCCGAGGCAGAAUUUCUUAAAAACAAGAUCGUCUUCGCUUCGUGGGACGUUGAUGAGCUCAAGGCUCGUAAAAAGGAAAUUGUCGGUGGCCCACCAGGAACUGGUGAGCUCUGGCUUGGCUACCAAGGAUUUCCACGAUUCAUGGGUGGCCAGCCUUUGCCAAGCACCCAGUAG